AUGUCCGUUCACCUCAAACUCUCUCAUCCAAAUCGUAUCUAUCGCCCUUCCGAACUGCUGAAAGGAACAAUAAUUGUAGAAACACAGUCUUCAAUUUCACACUAUGGAAUUCGUAUUACUAUCAAAGGAUCCGUCAAUUUGCAGGUUCGUGGAGGAUCAGCUGGGGUUGUUGAGUCAUUGUAUGGUGUUAUUAAGCCCAUUCCAAUUGUGAAGAGGACCGUUGAGGUUAAACCUUCUGGAAAGAUCGGUUCGGGCAUGACAGAGGUACCGUUUUCAUUGAAUAUUAGACAAGAAGAGAAUUUAGAAAAGUUUUAUGAGACUUUCCAUGGGGCAGAUAUUAGUAUCCAGUAUUUAGCGACUGUAGAUAUAUCUCGCGGAUACUUGCAUAAGUCUUUAUCAGCAACGACGGAGUUCAUUAUUGAAAGUGAUAAAGGCGAUCUUCUACAAAGACCAAUAUCUCCAGAGACGGUCAUCUUUUACAUUACCCAAGACACUCAAAGACAUCCUCUUCUUCCUGAAUUAAAAUCCGGUGGAUUUCGGGUGACAGGAAAAAUCUGUACUCAGUGUUCUUUGUCUAGUCCUAUUAAUGGAGAACUAACUGUUGAAGCGUCGGCAGUUCCAAUUCAGUCGAUUGACAUCCAAUUAUUUCGCGUUGAAUCUAUUCUUCUUGGGGAGAAAAUUGUGAGUGAAACCUCACUGAUUCAAACAACUCAGAUAGCAGAUGGUAAUGUGUGUCGCAAUUUGACUAUGCCUAUCUAUGUAAUACUUCCUCGACUUUUGACCUGUCCAACAAUCUUUGCUGGUCCCUUUUCAAUUGAGUUCAAAGUUGCAAUUGUUAUAAGCUUUCAAUCAGAGCUAUCUAAAUUGCAUAAGAAGUCUGACUCAAGAACUCCAAGACUUUGGCUUGCAAUGGAAACAUUACCGCUCGAAUUGGUUCGCACAAUGUAA